CCAGUGAAGAAGCAGCAGAGUGAAAGAGCUGGGACGGUGCCUCCUGGCUGAGCCACCGGUGAAGGCAAGCUCAUGAAGCUCCCUGCUCUUGUCCGUCUUGUUCUCCUGGCCCUGCUUCCCCUAGCCAGGGCUGAGUCCUGCUCCUCAGAGAUGAACAGCAUCAAGGACCUCCUUGAGGUCAACUGCACGGGGCAGGGUCUCAGCACAGUGCCCUCGGCCCUGCCCAAGGACACAGGCAUCCUGCUGCUCAAUGCCAACCGCCUGGAGUCCGUCUCCACUGCCGCCUUCGUGCCUCUCACCGUGCUGCAGGACCUCGACUUGUCAGAAAAUGGGCUGGUGGCUCUGCACACAGGGUCCCUGCUGCCUUCCCUGAAAGAACUGAUCCUGUCUCGCAAUUCCCUGAGGGCCUUGCCCACCCUGGAAGGUCUGCCCUCUCUCACCCGCCUGGCCUUGGCUCACAACUGCCUGGACAUGCUGGCCUCAGGGGCUUUCCGUGCCGUGCCAAAGCUGCAGGACCUGGACCUGCGAGGCAACCAGCUGCGGACUCUCCCGCCGCAGGCCUUUGCAGGAUUGGGAGACCUCAAGGACUUGGACCUCUCUGACAAUGUCCUUGAGGAGCUGCCCAAGGAGCUGCUGCAGGACCUGAAGAAUCUCCACACCCUGUGGCUCUCGGGCAACCGUCUCCAGACUCUGCCCACAGGCUUCUUCCCUGAGGACCACUACUUUCCGUACGUUUUCCUCACUGAGAACCCCUGGCACUGCAACUGCAGUCUGCUGUACCUACGAGGCUGGAUCCGGCUGAAUGAGGUGAGUGUUUACCAUCCCGAACGUGGACUGGACAAGACAAAGGUGGAGGUGGCCCCAGAGAAGGUGCUGUGCCACAGCCCUCCGGAGCACUUGCAACAGCCAGUCAUGCGGUUCAAGCCUGACUGUGGCAAUAUGGGGGAUGCUGAUGAGGAAGAAGAGGAUUACUAUGGCAAUGAGGAGGUAACUGCGGAGGCAACUGCCAAGAUGGCCUCCUCCCCCCCACAUUCUACCACUCCUGAAGAACACAGCACGCCCACCUUAGCUACCACCCAGCCUCCCCUCAGCAGCUCUGGGAGCUCCACACUCAUCCCAAGCACUUGGGUUGCAAUCCCCCAAGCUCCCAGCACCGCUGCCCCUGAGCCAGCCACUCCAGCAGCUCUGACUACCCUCACCCAUGCCACCAUUCAGCCUGCCAGCCCUGCCACCUCCCCUACUAUGCCUGGGAGCUCCACCACCCUCCUCUCGACCCCCUCGUUGGCCAUCCCGACAACCACCGGACCUGCUGCCACCAGCUCCUCUGCUCCAGCCACUCUCACCACUGGUGCUGCCAGCACCCAUACCCCUUUCUCGGUUUCUGUCGGCAUGGUUUUCAUCACUUCUACUAUGGCACCUUCCUCUCCCACGUCGGACACCUCUGCCCCCAUCAAAUCUUCAUCUUCUCCACUGACCAUGCCGGUGAUCUCCAGCAGCAUGUCGGUGCUUUCCACUCACCUUCUGGGCACCACCCACCUCCCACAGUCUGUCCCGGUCCCACUUUGUCCCUGCUCCAUGCUGGCACCAGCUGUGCCUGUGCUGCACUCACGGGCAGUCGGUGAGGGCCCACAGUGGGGCCGAUGGGUGCUGAACCAUUGCUGCCUGCUGCACUGGGUGCUCUACCUGGCCUCCCUGGCUUUGCUGCUCCUUUCUGUGUUGGCUCUGGUGGGCUGCCUGGUGUGGUUGUGCCUGGUGGGGUGGCCCUCUUGGCACAAGUCCUCCCUGCAUGUGAAAACGAUGCAGCCCCCACUGCUGGGGAGGACACAGUCAGCAGAAGGUCCUGUGAUGCACCUCCGCAGCCUCAUCGGCCCCUCACAGCAACACACUUUCUGUACCAUCAAGGAAGUGCAGCUGUGCCCUGACCUUGCAACAUCCUACACUUACUGCACCAUUAAAGACCUGGUGCUGCACCACAGUCCUCCUGCAAAGUCAUCCUUCUGCACCACAAAGGAGCUGUGGAUCCAGCCCCACCCUCUGAAUGCUCCUGUCAAGCCUUUCUCGCAGAAGCUGAUGCUCCCAAAGCUCGGCUUGCCGAGGACCCCUUCUGCCUACAGCCUUGACAGGGGUCUCAAGGCCAUUGGCACGGUCAGAGUGAAAUAUGCUGACAACACCUUGUGAAUGUUUCUGUUGGUUCAGAGGAAGGGAUGGGGGGUGAUGCUUUGUCACGUUCUCUUUCGCAAGGGGAUGGUGUGGUUGCUCCCUAGAGGGAAGCUACCUCCUUCCCAUAGCACUUCUCUCAUGCCUCCUCUGCUCGCUAGAUAGAAUUACUUGCGUAUGGGGGGAAGAUUUCCUCCCAGACCAGUCAGUGAUAUUUUGGGGCUGACACUGGCCUGGUUUCUGGACAAGCUUAGGAAUGGGGACCUUGCUUUAUGCAUAAUGUCCUAGCGCACAUAAAGAUGCACUAAAGCACGUGAAGAUGCACUAUCCUUUCAAACCACUACCAGGCAGUUUUG